AUGAGGACUGCCUUUGAGGAUCAUAGUUGUUUCGAGUUGCUUCAUCAUAGAAAACAGUAUACCGGAGGUGCUUCGUCGGCGUUGAAGGCGACCGGUGUUGGCCAAAAUCAAUGGGGGAUUGUAUUUUUGGCAUUUGCGAUUGCUAGGAAAUCACAGGAAUCGCUGGUGAUCGAGGAAGUGAUAGUGGUUGCACCAAAACCUCGCGAAGUUCGAAUCAAAAUCAUAUGCACUUCGCUUUGGCACAGUGAUAUCAACUACUGGAAAUUGGAGCGUCCUCCUGUAAUUUUCCCCAGAAUACUCGGUCAUGAAGCAAUUGGAGAUGAAACACGCAAAUUCACAGACAUGAAUGGAGAAACUUUAUACCAUUUCUUGCAUGUAUCAUGUUUUACUGAGUACACAGUGGUUGAAGUUGCUCGUGUAAUCAAAGUUGAUCCAACAAUCCUAACAAACAUAGCCUGCCUCUUAAGUUGUGGAGUAUCAAUUGGGGUAGGUGUUGCUUGGAAAGCUGCAAAUGUGGAAAUUGGAACAACAGUUGCUAUAUUUGGACUGGGUGCAGUUGGGCUAGCUGUUGCUGAUGGAGCAAGCCUAUGUGGAGUUAAAAGGAUCAUUGUAGUUGAUUUGAACCAAGACAAAUUUGAAAUAGAUUAUUGCUUUGAGUGUGUUGGGUUGACUUCUCUUGUGCAUGAAGCUUAUGCUGCUUGUAGAAAGGGAUGGGGGAAAACGGUUAUGUUGGGAGUUGACCAACCAGAGGCAAUGUUGAUCUUAAGUUCUUUAAGGUAG